CAGUAGUAAACCUCGCAUUGAACUAUGGGUAAGCAGGAAGUAAACAAACACACGUGGAAGAUGGCGCUUUCAGAGCAGAAAGAGAGGAAACCUGAGGAUAUUUUACGGGAUUUUCGGGCCUCGUUUUUCUCCAUGAACCGCUUGGCUUCGUUUCCCUGGACGUUUCUAGACAAUGAGCUGCAGAGCAACAAGUCAUCAGAGUUCAUCUCAGAGCUACUGAAGCAGACAUGUCUUCAUCCUCUGUGUGGAAAGUUUCCACCAUCGGUCCGAUUCAGGAGGAUUUUCCUCUCUGAGCUCAUCAAACGGCAGGAGGCUGCAGGCUGCGACCCUCUGGAUGAGCUGUAUGACGCCCUGGCGGAGGUGGUGGGGGUGGAGGAGACGCCGCACUGCCACAAGAGCUACUUCCUGCCCAGCGGAGACGCCAUCAGCCUUCUGGAAAACGUGGCUGUGAUCUCUGAGGGAACGACGGGCCUGGUGACCUGGGAAGCUGCUCUCUACCUGGCAGAGUGGGCUCUGGAGAACCCACAGGUGUUCACCGGCAGGUCGGUUCUGGAGCUGGGAAGCGGCGUCGGAUUGACCGGAAUCACCGUGUGCCGCUCCUGCAGUCCGGUCCGGUUCGUCUUCAGCGACUGUCACGCCGCGGUUCUGGAGAAACUCAGAGAAAACGUCCGUCUGAACGGCCUCGACUGCGGGAAGAGUCCAUCUGUCACGGUGGACCAGCUGGACUGGACCACGGCGCCGGAGGAGCAGAUCCGCCGGAUCCGACCCGACACGGUGAUCGCUGCAGACGUGGUGUACGAUCCGGAAGUCGCAGGAAGUCUGGCGGAUCUGCUGCUGAAGAUCCUGAAAUGUUCAGCGGUAGCGGAGAUCCUGAUCUGCUCCACCAUCAGAAACCUGGAGACGUACGGCGGCUUCAAGCUGCGGCUCGAGGCUGCAGGUCUGGGCCACCAGGUUCUGACCGGACCCGUCAGCGCCGUGUUUCCCUACGACCGGCUGGCUCCAAUAGAACUCAUCACAGUGUUCAGAGUCCAGGAAGGAUGAAAGCUCCUCUUCAUCUGGGAGCCACCAGCAGAGGCAGAACAUUCUGGUCCCAGUUAUCAUCCCAGCGCUGCCCCCUGCUGGCGCGGAGGUUCCUCCGGAAAACUCCCAGUCUGCCGUCUGAACUGGGAAACUCUGAGAGGAGAGACUGGAAACCAGCAAGGAGAAGAAGAAGACAGACUGAGUCACUUCCUGGGACCCGAGUGGAGAUUCCCCCAAAACGUCUUCAAAUCUAACACAGUCAAACGUUUGUGCUGCAAAAAGGUUUUGUGCUGGUAUCACUUUAAAUAUAUUAAUAAAAAAAGUUUCCACAGGUCAGAGGUAAACCCAAAUUUACAAAAUCAGAUAAAUUUGGUGUCAAUAACCCAGAG